GCUCAAUUUUUUCAUAGUAGAUAGACUAUGCCACGUGGCGUGGUAUCAUUCGCCAGAUGGAAAUACAAUUCCCAUCCAGAUAGAGAUAAUAUGCGAUGUGAUUCAGUUGGAAGCGGCCAAAGCCAACAUGGAGUAUCAAGUAUGGUAAUGCAAAGAAAACUGAAUUUGGAGGGAAAGAGGAAGACGAAGAAGAGUCAUCCCUCCUCAAACUUAGAAUAAGAUACCCUUCUUCCUUUUCCAACUAAUGGCUUCUACUCUCACUUCCCAUUCCUUUCUUUUAACCACUGCACCCAACUCAAGGGGACUGACCCUCAAGACAAGGAGGCUCAAAGUUUUUGCCAAAGGGUCAGGACCCUUCUCUUCUUUUAGGCUCGGUAAAAAUGCAGCCGCUGAAGCUGAUUCUUCUUCCGAGGAAGGUGAAACCAAUUCUAGUCCCUUCCGUUUUGACUUUGGGAAAAUGCCUGAUGUCAAGUCUUUGAUCCCUGUUGUGAGUAACCCUUCUUCGGGGUUGUCGUUUGGGAACCCCAGGCGUAAGGAUGCUGGGACUGUGUUCGUUGCUGGCGCCACCGGGCAGGCUGGUAUUCGAAUAGCGCAGACCCUUUUGCGUGAAGGGUUUACUGUAAGGGCUGGCGUUUCAGAAAUUGGCGCAGCUCAAGGGUUGGCUCGUCUUGCUUCGAAGUACAAGAUCAUAUCAAAUGAAGAAUCAAAACGACUGAAUGCCGUGGAAUCCACAUUCCAAGAUGCUGAAUCCAUUGCCAAAGCAAUUGGAAACGCCAGCAAAGUUGUGGUAACAAUAGGUCCUACAGAGAAUGGCCCCAGUCAGGAAGUCACGGCAAUGGACGCUUUAAAAGUUGUCCAAGCUGCCGAGCUGGCUGGUGUUGGCCACGUGGCAAUAGUCUAUGACGGGAACACAAGUCCUGGAUCAACAUACAACGUACUGGAUGGCAUCACUUCGUUCUUUAACAACAUAUUCUCUCAAUCACAGCCAUUGAGUGUACAAGAAUUUCUGCAGAAAAUCAUUGAAACGGACAUCAGCUAUACAUUUAUAAAGACGAGUUUGACAGAGGACUUUUCACCAGAGAGUGCCUAUAAUGUUGUUGUGUCAGCUGAAGGAAGCGUUGGUGCAAACGACUACAAAGUAGCCAAGUCUCAAAUUGCAUCACUGGUGGCCAAUGUAUUCUCAAACACGGCUGUAGCAGAGAAUAAGGUUGUUGAAGUAUUUACGGAUCCAUCAGCACCCUCCACACCUAUAGGUGAUCUUUUCAGUUCCAUUCCAGAGGAUGGAAGAAGAAAAAUCUAUGCAGAAAGCAUGGCAAAGGCAAAAGCAGAGGAAGAGGCCAUAGCAGCUGAGAAAGCUCGGGAAGCUGCUGUGGUCGCGAAGCAACUUGAGGAUGAGGUAAAAAAGCUGUCGAAGAAAGGACAGGCUGCGAGUUUAGGUGAAGAUGGUGAAGAGAAAGCAGAAGCUGCUGGAACUUCAUUGGAUAACCUAUUUAGCAAAGCAAAAGAUGUGAGUUCUGGAUUGUCCUGGGACAAACUCAGCUCACAGCUUGCAGCAACCGUUCAAAAGGCACAAGAAACACCAAAAGUGCAGAUUGCAACAGUGAGGGGACAGGCCAAGGCUCGGAAUCUGCCAUCCCUUAAAGCUCUUGUCAAACAGAACAGUCCUGCUUCAAAACCAAAGGUGGAGCCAAAGUCAAGUCCCAAAGGGAAGCAGAAAGAAACAAAGUCACCGGAAGUGAGGAAGGUAUUUGGUGGCCUGUUUAAGCAAGAAACCAUAUACGUUGAUGAUGACUGAAGAGCCUUAGUUACUACUGAUAUAUAUAUUAUUGGUAUAAUUUUAAGUAGUUCGGCUAAGAUGGGUUGUAUUUUGUAUAAUUGUACUAGUCCAAGUCUUUUUUUUUUUUCUUACUUUUGUGAAAAAAAAAUAAGCAUCAAUUGAUUUCUAUAUUAUAAUUGUAACUUGAUGUUGAAGUCUUAACAAUUUUAUUAGUAUCAUGUUUGGAUUUAUUUAUUGCAA